AUGGAAAAACGUCCUUAUGCUACCUUUGAUUUAACUACUGAUUUCAAGGGUCCCGUGAAAAAUAACUCUGAUUCUAUAGAACAUUACUGGGAAAGCCAAUCAUACUCCAACGUUUACUUUAAAGAAAAAUCCUGUGACACAAAGUUCAAAUAUUAUGACUCCAGUAGUAUUUUGAAAUUUCUUUUCUUUCACUGGGUACCUAAAUGGUCGCGUCUUCUUACCAACCAAUAUGUAGAACCAUACAAAUUACAUCCACUUCCCGUUGCUGAUCAAAUUCUACAUUGGUAUCCAGUUUUCUCCAAGAACCUUAGUGAUGGAUUAGUUAGAUUAGAGUCAUUUGAAACAAAACAAAAUAAUAAACCCAAUAUAAAACCCUUUAAAUCUGUUUUGUUAAGAGCUUUAUUCUUAACAUUCUGGAAAAGAGUAUCAUUUGGUCUCCUUGGGAUUGUAGUCACUAAUCUGUUUAGUCUGAGCAUUACCAUUUUGAUUAAACACCUCUUGGGCAUUUUGAACACGAAGUCAUUUACUCUACUGAAAAUAUUUUUGUUUUUAUUUGCUGUGAUAGGUCUACAGAUUAUUGAUGGAUUAUUGAUUGAAAAUUUUACUUACUAUCUGAAUCGAUUAAAAACUGUUUUGGAAUAUUCUAUUUCAAUUACAGUGUUUCAACAUGGCAUGUGCUAUAGAAGAAAACAUUUCAAUAAUAUCAAUGGAUCCAACUCCUUGAGUGUUUGUAACAAUGUUUUACACACCUGUCUUCCUGACUCAGAAUGUUCCCAAAACCCUAUGUUUUGUCCAGCACGGCGUUUCCAAAACAAAGAUAUUACUCCAAACAUGUUCACCUUUGAGUAUUAUGAUUGCUUCUACAUCUCUCUAUUCGUUGAAUCAUUAAUACCAAUUGUUAACUUUUUGUCGAACUUUAUCUAUGGAAUAAUAUUAAUUUCCAUGCAGAUUAAGAUUAAUUUGUGGGCGUUGUACUUUGUUGGAGCAUUUUUCAUUUUUCUUAUGAUUGUCGUUGAGAUCAUAAACACUUUAAUUUUUCAUUUCAUUUGCCAUGUCAAGGAUUAUAGGAUCUCAGAAUGCAUUGAAAUUAUAUCUGAGUUGCCUCUGAUCAACAAAUUACUCUACGAUGAUAUUGCCGUCAACAUCAUUACUGAAACCAGGAAUAGUGAACUGGUAUUAGUUUUAAUUAGGAUUUUUUUGACAUUACUCAACAAAUCGUUAUAUGUAAUAUUUAGCAAUAUAUCCUUCUAUGUCCUGAUGAGGUAUUUUGUAAAAACAAUAAAAGCUGCAGAGGUUAUUAAGGAUGUGGACACUGGAGGAUUCUUAUCAACAUUCUACAUAUUUUUCAGGAUUAUCAAUUCAAUGUUCAUGCUUCCUUAUGCACUUGGAAGAUUAACUAUGUCAUAUGUAUCAUACAACAGGGUUAACAAAUAUGUUACCAGUUGUUCACCUAACUUUUACAUCAGUGAUAAUAGACACACCGGUUCUACGGUGUUAUCAUCUGACCUGCCUGACGUUACCAAUGAAAUCAGGAAGAAUGUUGUAGUUUUAUAUAAGGAUGCUUCAUUUGCAUGGGUCCAUAACAGGAAGGAUUUUGUUAAUGCUAAUCCUAAAAUCAACCUUAAGAACAUCAGCUUCCAACUUAAGAGGGGUGAAAUUGCUAUCAUUACUGGUAGUCAGGGUUGUGGUAAAUCUAACUUCAUCAAAUCAGUUCUUGGUGAGAUGACACUGGUUGGUGGUUCAAUGGCCGUAAUUCCACUUCACACAUCAAUGCCAAUAUUUUAUGCAUCACAAGAUAUAUGGCUACAACAAGGAACUAUUAGAUCAAAUAUAACCUUUGGAUACAGGUUUGAUCAGGGUAUUUAUAACGCAGUAAUCAAAGCACUUGAACUUGAUACUGAUAUAUCAACUUGGGAAAAUGGUGACUUUAGAGUUGUUUCAGAUAGUGCUCACUCACUAAGUUGUGGUCAAAGAGUUAGAAUGGAAAUGGCCAGAGCCAUCUAUGCCUAUCUCAUAUUUAGUAAAGUGAACAAGGAGUACAACAGAAACCAGUGUUCAUUCCUGAUGUGUUUAGAUUCACAGUUCCAUGGGUUAGACCCCUACGUAUCCAGAACUGUAUUCUUCAACCUGUUCAAUUCCAAGACUGGAUUACUUGUCAAGGAUGAUCUUGCUGUUAUCCUUUCUUCAUCACUAACAUUGUUGGAUAAAUGUGUCAGAUCUUCAGACUUGGUUAAUUUCCCCAGAAUUCCGGUAUACGAGAUUGAUAACAAAUAUUUGAUUUUCAGCUGUUAUUUAUCAGAUAUUUUUAAAGACAAAAAGCUACCAAAUGCCUUUGAAUAUAUCACACCUCCUUCAGGCCCAUAUAAGUUGAAUUUCUUUACCAAGGAUAUGAUGAAACUAUGUUAUUCAGGUUCUAUAGAUAGGGAUGGUAGACGUCUUGUAACAAAGUCAAAAUAUAGAGAGUCGUUUAGUACGAUUMUUAAAACUGAUUACUCUGAUGAUAAAUUUAAUCCAUAUUUCAUGUAUUUCAAGGCAGCUGGAUUUUCGUUUAUUUUGUUUAUUAUUCUAACUGUUGCAUCAAGUGUCAUGGAUAACUCCAAAUUUGUUCUCGCAACUAAUCUCUCAGAUUAUAUAUCCACCAAAACGAAAGACUUUAAUAAUGGAAUUUCUGUUAAUUUAUCAGAUGUCAAAUUACAUAGCGUCUCUGCCCUCAACUUAAUUCUGAUCUUUGUUAAUGUCAUUAUGUGUUGUUCUCUAAUGUCGACCGUAUUAUUUACUUUAUCAUGUUUAAUGGCCUCAAAAAGAAUCCACGAAUAUUGUCUUACCUCAGUUUUUAAGAACAGUUCAUCAGUGAUUAAGAUCAAGAAACAUAUUCACCAAAUCAUAACUUAUUUUUCUUCUGAUAUUAUUUUUAUUGACCAAUAUAUCGGGAAAAAUAUUUAUACUACAUUCUUGUCAUUUAUACAAACAGUCAUUUCUAUUGGAACUCUAUUUUACACUAUUCCCCUUUCUGUUCCAUUUAUUUUUAUAUCAUUGGCCAUUUCAUUUGAGUUUAUUUUAGUAAAAUUUGUUAAAUCAUUUAAUAAUGUUCAGAUAGCAAGUUUAGAAACCAUGUCUCACGUUAAUUCAACUUGCGAGAAUGCCAUGUUGGGAUCAGCAAUCUACAGAAGUUUUAAAAAGGAAUGGGAAUUGGUUAAUAAUAUUAUCGAAAGAAAUGAUUAUAAAUUAAGAUGUUGGUUUUUCGUUAAGGGACUGAACUGUUGGACCACUAUAUCCUUUAACUGGAUAUUUUCACUCGCAACCGCUCUAUUCCUCACGUCCAUGAUCAUACUUGAUAAAUUUACAAACUACAAGAUGAAUGUUGGGUACUUUGGAUUAGGUUUAUCGCUAACUUCUAGCGCUAUAAAAUCAUUCGGCAAUUGUUCAUUUUGUUUUGCUAGGUUACAAGUUUAUAUGUGUUCUGCUCAAAGAUUCCAAUGCUUCAUCCCUCCGGGAACCAAGUGUGCGUUUGACAAAUUCCGCAAUGUUCACGAAGAGGAUGUAGUUAUUGAUUCUACCAAACCUGAGUACCAAGUAGAUAAAAAAAACUUGCUUAGGAGAAGAACAAAUGAAUUCAAAGAAACAAAACCCAAUUCAUUUGAAAAGCUUGAUUUCAAUCCAAAGAUUAAUAUUAUUGAUAUUUGCAAAUAUAUAUCACCUGAACACACUGGCCUAGUGUUGAAGGAUGUAUGCGUCUAUGCAUCAUCACUUAUGAACAAGGAAGGCCUCAUCCUUAACAACAUUAACGCAACACCCGGUAGAUCUGAUAUCAUUGGUAUCAUUGGUAGAACUGGUGCUGGUAAAACAACUUUACUAUCUGUCCUACAAAACACUAUUAGAAAUAGAACAGGUCAAGUACUGCUUGAUGGCAAAGAUUUAAAAGAUAUUCCCAAAAGUGUCAUUAGACAUAUCAUUGGCGUUCUUCCCCAGUUACCCUUUGUCUUUAAGGGUUGGACUGUCCGAAGGUUCUUAGAUCCAAGGAGACUAUUCAAUGAUGAUGAGAUUAAUGAAGCCCUGGACAAUUGUGGUCUGCUUGAUUUUGUAAAUAACCUUCACGGUGGAAGAAAACUGGAUACUGUAAUUAUCCCAAGACCCAUAAGUUUAAAAAGGAAGUCUAGUGAUCAAUCCACAAAUAUGAUGUUUCCUGACGAAGAAAUUAUAAUAGAAGAGUCAUUUGACAAAAGUAACGAUCAUUACCUUGACAAAUCAUUCACUAUUGAUAAAGUCAAAACUGAUGGUAUUAUGUUAUCUGUAACUCAGCUUAGAACUCUUUGGUUUGCCAAGCUUGUCUUGUCCAGAGAUUUAUACAGAAUGAUAAUAAUUGACGAACCACCGUCGGAAAUAUUUUAUGAUGAAGAUGGUUCUGAAGUUCAGGAUAUGGGCAUCCCAAUCUACGAACUCUUAGAUAAAUACUUUAAGCACUGUACAUGUUUUGUGACUGCGCAUUAUUCAACAGUUCUGAAAUCUUGUACAUCAGUAUGGGUGAUGCAUAAUGGCAGACUCAUAAAGACCUGCAGCGCAUCUGAAGUAUCCAAAAACGAAUCAAUAUCAAAUGUAAUCGAAGAAAUGGUUACCAAGUAUUCAAAUAACCAACCUUAAUGUGUAAUAUUUAAGAUUGCCCAAUGGCAUGUGUAAUAUAAAUUUUAAUUCUAUAAAUACUCACAUACUUACGUUAUUAAAGUUUCAUCAAGGAAUAUAAUUUCGACUAAGACCAUAUUUUGA